GUUGAGCGCUUUGACCUUUUCCCCAUUCUCCGCAUUGCAAGAGGCCUGUGCCUGCACUGCAUCUGCCAUUUCAGUGGAAGGUUUUUCUACCUUCUGCAAACAUCAUUUAUACCACUAUCUGGCCGCUCUAGUCGAUAUAUGAAGUCCUGCCACUGGUCUCGGCAUUAUCCGGCCUAUAGGAUGAUGGGUCAUGAUUCUUAUGAUACAAAAAUACGGAUGGGGGCGCAGCAGAACGGAGGUCAAUCUCACAAGUGAUUUUACACCCCAUGAGGAUACGACGCGUUCUGGCGUCUGGUGAGCAGCGACUUCUUUGAUGUUGACCAUGUCUUAUAAUACAAUAAAUCGCUCGUAAGCUAAAGAGGGAUGAAGAUGAACUUUUUCGGGUUUGAUUUGAAUCCGACUGAAUUCGAUCAGGUCCAAAGGGCUAUCAACGGUUUGAUCCGUCUUUUUCCAGGAAUCAAGGAUGGGGUAUCCAUUUGGCCGCCGCAUGUCAUGCAGCGGCUCACAGCAUCCACAGUUCAACAGAUCAAAAUUGCGCUCGGCCAGCUCGGACGGGAAUCAGAAUGUCGGGCUGCGUGAUUGCUUCUAGCUUCUGAAGGGCGUAAAUGAGGCAGGGCGCAAAAGAAGCUAGGAACGGGGAAAUGUCAGGGCCGUGAUCCGGUGUGCAAGGUAGCGCUAAUCAGAUUGACAUAGCAUCGAAGAGGAAAGUUGGAACAUGAGCCAACAUGAGCUGCAUCCUUCGAGUCAUGCAAGAUGACAGACCAUCGCGUCGCGCCUCCACAUGCCGUUGGCGACAUUACGCACUGCCUGUAACAAUUGCCAAAACAAUUCCUUUGGCUGCUCAAACAUACGUCCUUCCCGGGGAGUGGGGAACUUGGGAAUCUUUCUCCACGCUGGCGCUUCGAAAGGGGGAAUUUAAUCGCCUUUGACCGCGUUCGCAGGUCACGGCCAGCAUCCUCCAGUUUUGGUCAUUUCACCGGCAAUUCAAGCCAUCAUAUCCCGAACUGGCGCCUUCACCACCUCAUCUAUCAUUUCCGUAUUUGGUUCUAUUAUUGCUCCGAGGGGCAACAAGUUUCAUCUUUUGGUACACAAUAGUGCAUAUUUGGCGGCAACUGUUAUCUGUUGCUGGAAUAUGGAGAAGAUAUACAGUGAUCUUUUAUAUCACGCCACAUUAGCGCACCGCCGGAAUGAUCCCCGAGCACACCGAUUGCUCGCUGAAGGCUUACGGUACCUCGACACUUCACCUUCUGAUCAAGAGAAAGAACAACUUUGUUCGGGAUUUUCGUUCCUCUACCCCUCGUGUCAGAAAUAAAAGACACAUAAAUACAUGUAACUGAUCGACUUCUCGUCCGUGAGGAAAGAACAAACUCAUGCUUCUUUCUACCACGGACGACUGUUACACACACACACAGUUGUCCGACACAUCAUCAGCACACAUAUAAGGAAUCUGCUGCCAUCAGCAACACACGAGCUAUCUACCUAUCGGCUUCCCUACCCCUCCUAUCUGCUGUCAUCUUUCCCUCUCCAUCCCACCGCACACAGGUGCUUACACAAUUUAUACAGCCACAUCCACAUUCCCCAUCCUUCUCUUUCCUACGUUCACUUACUUCUACUUGCACAGCCAACGGCGUUGAAACGUGAUUAUCAGCACCGCGUUCAUCCCCUCAGUCGUGUACUACACAGUGUAUCUAUCACUCUGUCAGCCCCACUCCUGUUCUGCUACACCAUCUUCCCUUCCGAUCAACAACAUCAUCUCCUUUCUGCUAUGUUUGCGAUGCCGAGUACCCCCACGCACAACCGAGGCAGCACUUGGUCAAGGUAUAUCACUCCUGACCUCACGCCGUCAUUCCCAACUUCCUCCUCCUUCGUCGAACGCGCUCUUUCCACACAAUCACUAAGCCACCAGCCUUUCUCGUCCCCAUCUCCUACAUCUUCACACUCCCUUGCACUCGCUUCUCCCGUUCAGACGCCCUUCAGCCAUCCUUCUGUCCAAAGGCAAUCAACUCCUGCCAUCCUUGAGGACGAUUUUCACCCCAACCCAAUGCUCGCAGCGUACCCAAACACUCCUUCACCUCAACCCUUUGGUGUCACUGGCGGUCUUCUUGUUAGCGAGCCUGCAUCUAUGCUUCAACAUCCUUCCUCUGAUUGUGGCACCGUGCUCCACUCAGACAUCUUCUUGUCCCAGUCCGUCUCCAAGACUUCUCGACCAGCUCUUCGUCCUUCUCUUUCCCACAACGCUGUCCUUAAUACGCCCUCUCCGUCUACCUGGCCUCGCCGUACUAUGACUACUUCGGCUCUCAGCACUUCCGCCGUCCCUACUCUGGGGAGCAACCAGCGUGUGCGUCCUGAUGGGCCACCCUUAGAGUCGGCUAUUGCCGGGGAGAACAACAAUAAAGUGACGACUCUGCAACACGAGGCGAACACGCCUUCGCUGUCGCAGUCGGUUACUUCUACUACUUCUACCACUGCCAUUGCCACCCAACAACCCGUUCCUUCCUCU